AUGGUUUCAUUCAACUCUACUCAACUCGCUACUGGCACUACUUAUGUGGGCCCCCUGAAAAAUGACCCACUCACGGACGAUGAACUUGCAGUUCUUCUGGCGAUACCUCGAGGAGCCGAAAAAACUCCCAAUGCCACUGUACUACGGCUACCCCUUGGACCCGAGCCCAGUCAAGGAUGGGUAGACGUCACUUUCGGGGAGGCUCGCGCAAUCGUCGCUCGCUUGGCUGGUGACUGGAAGGCCAAGUUAUCCGCUGGGACUGAGGGUCUAGGUGUUGGGCCUGGGACGACUGUAUGUUUGUUGGUUCAGCCUAUAGUCCAUACGAUCUUCCAUUGGCUCGCAUUUUGGGCACUUGGGUGGACCAUCCAGCUUGUUUCUUUAACAAUAGGCGACGAAAACGUCCCGAAUUAUAUUAAAAAAUCAGGAUGCCGGAUAGUUGUUUAUUCAGGAAUAAGCGAGGCUCUGGAGCAGAGAAUAACUUCGGAGAUUAAAGGCGCAGUGAUCCGACUCUCUGAAGAGGAGCAUGGCCACCGACUCGCACAAAGUAUCAAACACACUGGUCCCGUCCACCCAUGGCCAGCGCCCAGACGCCCAGAUCCAGCCAUAAUUCUCCACUCGUCGGGUUCGACUGGCGCCGCCAAGCUACUACAAUUUUCAUUAUACUUCUAUACGAUUAAUUUCUCGCUAGUAGGAAACUAUGGUAUUAUCUCCAAGAAUACUUCCGAUCCUCGACCUUUUUUGGUCUUUAGCCCUCCUUACUGGCAGAGCUUUGGUUUUAUACUCACUAAUCAACUCGCCGCUGGCGCGCCAGUAGCAUUUACUCAUGUUCCUUACAUUGCCAAAUUUCCGUCCAAUCGCUUUAUCGAUUGGGUCAAGGCUCUGGAAGUUGGUGGGGUAAUAUGCGCCCCUCGCUUUAUCCGUGAUAUCCUUGCAUCUGGUUCGGAAGCGGACAUCAAGUACCUCCAAGAAAUGUCCAAUAUUGUAGUUGGCGGAUCAGCAUUAGAUGAGUCUACCGCAGCUCUUGCGGAAAAACUCCAGCUGAAGCUCACUAAUGCCUAUGGUACUAGCGAGAUCGGCAUAACGUUGCGCACAGACCGACCGCCAUACACCCACCUACACCCCCUGCCGGAUUCUUCCCCCCUUGUACUUCCAAUUUCGGACGCAGAGCCGGAUGGAUCACGACAAGUUCAACUCUGGUAUACGCACAACACAUCCCGCGGAGUCGCUCACAUCGAUGCAAAGGGCGAUAUUCCUCUGCAAUUCGAACCUUUUCCGGGCGAAGGGCCGCACAAAGGAGAACCCGCGGUGACAACAGGAGACAUAUUCACGAAAGUUCAAGACUCUUCCGGGACUGCGUACAUUUACCUCGGGCGCAACGACGAUCUUAUCAAGCUAGCCGGAAACGGAGGCUGGGAUAUCAACGCAUCUACCUACGAAAUUGAGCUCACAUCCGCGAUAACCUCGUAUCUAGCUAGCCGGGGUGAAGUACAUCGAUGGACGGUCGAUGGAAUUCAGCUUUUUGGGAAUAAUCGACCCUGUACGGCACUCGUUGUUCAGCUCUCCCCAGUUGAUCAAGAUCCAAAAACCGAAAUCGAGCAACACCUACUCGACCGCAUAUCCGAGCUUGCCGAGUCCGUCAACGAGAAGCUAAAGCUAGGACCACAGCAGAAGGUACAUGUCGGGAAACGAAUGUUAGUCAUCACUCAGGGAGGCAAUGCUUACGGACCAGGAGUACAUGACGGAAGAGAUGUGCCUCGACUAGCGACGACGCACAAGCAUACGCUCCAGAGGUGGAAGAACGUUCAGGCGUUUGAGAGCUGGUUAGAUGGACUUGAUUAUACCGAAAACGAUUUGCAUCACUGA